UAUGGGUUGCAUGGCUAAGUCAGGCUCCGUUGCUUCGGAGGGUUGACUCCUAGGAUUUUUUUUUUUUUUUUUUUUUCUGAAGGAGGACGUCAAAAGUGCGAAGUGACUAGAUUUGGAGCCAGAGCGGAAAUCUAGGCAUUGGGAGUGGCUGACAGUAUGGACUCUGAAGGCUGACUGGCUGUAUUCAACUCAUGGCUCUGCCACUAAGUACAUGAACGUGGGCAAGUAAUUUGACGUCUCGCUGCUUCAGUUUCCUCAUCUGUGAAAUGGGAUAAUUAUUUUACCUACUUCAUAGGUUGAAAACCACUGGGAUUUGCAUAAACCACUCGACUGUCUGGCGAACGCUGAGCUGCUCUGUCAGUCCCGGGGGACUUUUCACAUUAGGUUCUUUGUAUUUUCACAGACAGGGCAAGUUCUACAUUUGAAGAUAAAGUGGCCCCGUGAAUAGGAAUGCCUGCCAAAAUACCAGAACUGGAGACCAUGGAUGAAGAUCAAAUAAUUAAAGAAGUCUUGGAUAAGUUUGUUAAUUGUCAUGAGCAAACAUACGAAGAAUUUCUGAGCACCUUUACUCAUCUUUCGAAAGAGGAUAAAGUGACCCAAAGAGGCUUAUUUGGAACCAGAUCUUCAGAAGACAUAUUUAUUUCAGUACAACUUACUCAUGAAAAUGAACCAAAUGAUCACCGCCUUAGGAGUAAAGCCAUCUUUUUUCAUACUUCAUCACAGUCUUCAGGAGAGGAACAGAUAGUGCUGGAUGAAGGCCAACAAGUUGGCAUUUCCUUUCAAGGUGAUCCAAAUUGGGCAGGAAAGGUGAAGGUAGAUAAUUUCCUAGAAGUAGAAGAUUUGGACAUGGAUGAAGAGAUUAAGCCCCAAAUGAGCAAGGCAGAUUUGCCGCUGCUGCCUGGGGAAGUGGAGGACGUAAGCACCCACAUUCCUUCCGGCAUUCCUCCCGCAACUGACAUUCCGCCCGCAGCCCAGCCUCUGACCCCUGCAGUCAAUCCAAGGCCCACGGUGGAAAGAGCGGACACGCAAAAGGAUGAGAUACUCGGGGAUGAAGUUCAGCCCUUUAAACUUGAUGAAGAAUUUGAUUAUGACACUGUGAUGCUAACCCCCAAGUUCACUCCUGCAGAGGUAGAAGCCAUCAAAGAACAACUAUCCAAGCACAAGCGCGAGAACACCAACGCGGACUUGGAGGAACCCCGUGACUGAUUCACCAAGACAUCUUCCUGUUUACAUUUAUUUUGUUCUUAUUCAAGCAAAAGUAGAAUAAAUGAUAAACCUACUG